ACAUAACUUACCAUAGCUGGGUACAUAUACUCGAUGUGUUGCAGAGUAAAGUUUCCUUGUAUGUCGUUGUAGAAUAGUUUUGAAGUUUCAAAAAUGGUUGUGAAAAUAGAUGUCAUAUAGAGAUGUAGUAAGCUCGUAUGUUCUAUUUAUAUGCCUCAUGCGUAACUCCCCACAAGUAUAGCACCACCACAUUUCAGAAACUCGCAAACAGACCCUCCUUCAUUCGUUUCACACGGUCACACACACAAAAACAAUGCAGGCCGCAGAAGUAGCAUCACCUCUGUCUGAAGCACCGGAACUCACUAACACCCACCAGCUGUUCACACGGAUCCGCCUCGCCACAAUCUCUGAUAUACCAUACAUUUACAGACUCCUCCACCAAGUAGCCAUAUUUCAAAAUCUAACUCACCUCUUUGCCACCACCGAGUCAUCACUAGCUGCCACACUCUUCCCUACCACUCCAAAUCCACCAACCCCGUUCCACUCAUUCACCGGCUUCAUUCUUGAAACCUCUCCAAGCCCAAUUCCCAUAAUCUCAGAAACUUCUGAACAUUUCACCCCAGUUCAGAAAACCUUAACUCUUGACAAGCCUAUACUCGACUCAGAGAAAGAACUGUUCUGUUCAGAUGGUAAGGACAUUGUCGUAUCUGGGCUUGUGCUGUUUUUUCCUAACUACUCAUCAUUUUUAGCAAAACCUGGGUUUCACGUAGAGGAUUUGUGUGUGAGGGAGUGUUAUCGGAGGAAGGGUUUAGGGAAAAUGCUGUUGUCUGCUGUUGCAAAACAAGCGGCGAAAAUGGGGUAUGGGAGAGUGGAAUGGGUAGUGUUGGAAUGGAAUAUGAAUGCAAUAAAAUUUUACGAAGAAAUGGGUGCUAAGAUCUUGCCGGAAUGGAGGACUUGUAGAUUGGCCGGUGAGACUCUUGAAGCUUAUGGUGAUGCAGAAGAAUAAUUAUGAAUAAUUACUUGGAUUGUCAUUCUUAGUUAAGAAUAAAGAUUAUGUCGUAAGCUCCAUUAGUUCAGGAACAUGUUGAUCAUCACUGACAAAUUUCGAAAUCAAUAAAGCAUUUCCAGCACAACUUAAGUAGAUCAUAAGCCGCUAAAGUUUACCGGCACUUAAUUUGUUAUUUUAAGAUUUCUUAAUAUUUCAGAUUAUUAAGAAAAGAAAUCUUGGAAAAGAAUAUAUGGAAGUUCAUUUUUACA